CAUUAUAUAAUUUUUCCUCAUCUUCCCAAACAUGUCUAAAGUAAAUGCAAAAAGACAUGCAAUGGAGAAAAAAUCAAGUGACCAAGAAUCAAAGAAAUUGAACCAAAUAAUUUUCCACAAACACCUCAAAAGAGUGUACCCUAUAGGAUUACAAAAAAGUUCUUCAUCUUCAUCCAUAUCUUCAUUUUCAUCAUCACUAUCACAAAAUUCAAAUGACCCUUGUUUCACAGAUUCUUUAACUAUAGCAGAUGAAGAAGUCUCAUUAGCACUUCAUUCGAUUUCACCGCGACAGAGAAGAGAACAUACACUUAUUAAUAUUUCACAGCAACAACAAAAUCAACACGCGGCUGAGCUUGGUGAAUUGAAAAGAUGCAGCUGGAUCACAAAGAACUGUGAUAAGGCAUACAUAGAAUUUCAUGACGAAUGUUGGGGAGUUCCAGCUUAUGAUGACAAAAAACUGUUCGAGCUGCUUGCAUUGUCGGGAUUGCUGAUAGAUUACAACUGGACAGAAAUUCUAAAAAGAAAAGAAGUUUUAAGACAAGUUUUUGCUGGAUUUGAUCCUUACACUGUUUCCAAAAUGGAGGAGAAGGAAGUUAUCGACAUAGCAUCAGCCACAGAACUUGUUUUAGCUGAGUGCAGAGUAAAGUGCAUAGUCGACAAUGCCAAAUGCAUGAUGAAGAUUAGGAGGGAAUUUGGAUCAUUCAGUAGCUAUAUAUGGAGUUACGUGAAUCACAAACCAGUGAUUAACAAAUACAGAUACUCAAGAGAUGUUCCAUUGAGGACACCAAAAGCAGAUGCCAUAAGCAAGGACUUAUUAAAACGCGGGUUUAGAUAUUUGGGUCCAGUGAUUGUUUACUCUUUUAUGCAAGUUGCAGGAUUGACUAUUGAUCAUCUUGUUGGUUGUUAUAGGCACAAAGAAUGUGUAAACCUAGCAGAAAGACCUUGGAAACAUAUUUAAUUCACUUUUUUUUGUAUAAACAUCUUUUCAGUUUUGCAUACAUAUUUAAUUCAAGCCUUGAGGCCUUGUCUGUACUUUGCAGAAGACUUUAUGUUUGGUAUGAUACCAAUAUAAUGAGAUUGAAAAUA